AUGGAGGAAGAGGGAGAUAAUAUCAACAACAAUGAAGACAGCGAUGUUGAAAUCAUACCAGAAACAAUGACCUCUGACAGCGAUGGUCCUACUGUAGAGGAGGAUGACACAAACGUUACUCAAAAUUCUCCUUUUAUCGGUCAGGAAUUCAAUCAUUUUGAGGAUGCAUAUGCGUUCUACAACAACUAUGCUAAGAGUUGGGGGUUUUCUGUCCGUCGCUCAAGGAAGGUUAAGAACGUCAAGGGAGAGCUAACAAGUGCAGCCUUCGUGUGUUCUUGUCAGGGAGUUCGAGAAGCACAUAAAGGUCCACAAAAGAGGGACUCGCCUAUGGAGAUCAGAUUUCAGUGCAUGGCUAUGUUUCGUGUGAGCUUGAACAAAACAAGCAAUAAGUGGGUGGCUGAUAUAUUUAACUCACAGCACACUCAUGACCCAGUUAGGCAGAAUCAGGUACAUUACUUGAGGUCGCAUCGAGGAUUAACAGAAGCAGACAAGGCAGACCUCCGAUUUAAAAAGGAUGCCGGAAUGAAACCUUCUCAGGCCAUUAAGCUUGUUGUGCAUUGUGCUGGAGGGCAUGACAAACUUGGGUAUACAGUUAAAGAUGGGUUAAAUUUCAGCACCAAAGACCGCGCUGAGAGAAUCAGCGAGGGUGAUGCAGCAACUGCACUGGCCUAUCUAGAAUCAAAGAAAAGCACAGACCCACACUUCCUCCUCCGAUACACUACUUAUGAGGAAAAAAGGCUCCAUUUUUUAUUUUGGGCUGACAGCAUUUGCAGAGCCGACAUUUCGUGUUUUGGAGAGUUGCUCGCAUUUGACACAACGUACCAAAAAAACAUUUACAAUAUGCCACUGGUCAUUUUUACAGGUAUCAACCAUCACUUCAAAACUUGCUUAUUCAGGAGUGCACUGUUGCCCAAUGAGACUGACGAAACCUAUAUUUGGGCGUUGAAGAUAGUGAAGGAAAUGUUGGGGGACAUUUCGCUACGUACAGUUGUAACGGAUGGGGAUAAAGCAAUGAGGAAAGCUAUUGCUAAUGUGUUUCCAAAUGCAACACAUCGGCUAUGUGCAUGGCAUUUGUCCAAGAAUAUCACUGGCAGGGUGAAGAAUCUACCCGACUUUGAACCCCGGUGGAAGAAGUUAGUAACUGCUGAGUACGAGCCAGAAGAAUUUGAGGAGAAAUGGAAUGCAUUGGUAGAGGAAUCCGAACUCCAGAACAACCAAUGGGUGUCGAAAAAACUAUUUGGGAGACGCAACGAAUGGGCGGACACAUACUUGCGCUCACAUUUCUUUGCUGGGUUGACAACCACAUCAAGAUGUGAAAGCAUAAAUGCAGUUGUUGCAAGGUAUGAAAAUGAGAGGUUCUGUUUGCUUGACUUUUUCACUCGAUACGACCGGUGGCUCAGAGACACGAGAGAGACAGAGAUUAGAUUAGAUUUUGAGUCUAAUUAUGGUGUAGUUCCUAUAAAGAAUUCAAUCCUAAAGCCCCUCGAGCAAAGUGCAACAAAGCUUUUCUCAAAGGCUGCAUUUCUUUUGUUCAAAAAUGAGUUGGAGGAGGUUAUUGGAGUCAUUAAGGGUAACCAAACUGAAGAGGGGAACCUACACACUUACACUGUUACCAUGUUCAACAAAGAGAAGGUCAUACAGGUGAAAUACAACAUUGAAACAAGUGAUAUGGAAUGCAGUUGUCAAAAGUUUAAGAGUAUUGGGAUACCCUGCGUUCAUAUGCUAUUUGUUCUCAAAGAAGAAAAAGUGAAGACCAUUCCUGAAAAACUGGUACUCAGACGUUGCUCGAAGAACCCAAAGUCCCUACACACUCUGCCAGAACCAAGUACAUUGGGGGAUGACAGCAGUUUUAGCAUUAGGUACGGGUCGCUACAGUUCAUGGCUCAACGAUUCUGCUUAUUAGGAGCAGACACUCCUCUCUCUUAUCGAAUGGCUCAAGAUGAGUUGACAGCAGCGUGUAACAAGUUGGAGAUGGUAAAGAAAACCCCCGCCGAGAGAGAAAGGAUUGUCAUACCAGACAAGUUCAAAGAUGUAUUGAACCCAAAUCAAGUGAGGUUUAAGGGUUGUAGGAAAGGAAAAGGGAAAAAACCACUUAAGAAAAAAAGAAGAAAGUGUGGGAACUGUGGGCUAAGGGAUGGGCAUUAUAGGAGCACUUGUACUAACCCCCCAGCCAACGUGGUAGAAUCUCAAUCUGAUGAGGAGGAUGACGACGAUGACAUGGACGAUGAUGGGGACGAUGAUGGGGACGAUGAUGAUGGAGAUGAUGACCAAGGUGGUCAGCCCCAAAAGAAGCAACGAACGAGCAGGCAUAAUACUACUGGAGAGCCCAUAGGGAAAAGUCAGCCACAACAGAAGAUCAGGGCACGUACUAGGAGCAAAACUAGUCAACAAGAGAAGGGAGCUAAGAAGCAUACAGGACAUAGUGCUGGGAGUACUAGUCGGCAUGAUGAUCGUCCAGGCGAUGAACAUGAACUGAAACAACAUCAGACUAGAACCCGUGGUGCAAAGAACAGAAGCAUCAAGAAAAACAAAUGA